GGGCCAAAGACUCUGUUUGAGGAGGUCACCUUGGAGACGCACCGCGGAGUCCAGAGGGAGAGCGCGGGCGGUCGCCGGCAGAGGGAAGCCUGGGAGGCGGGAGCCUGGACGAGCCUGCGGUCUGGGAGGCCCCCGCCGCGCCGCGCCGCGCCCGCGGCUGCAGCCCUGCCGCAGGUUAUGACGAUGUCCGACAUGGCUAGAGACAGAAUGGCUCAUUCACUGAAGAAGAGGACCAGUGUGUCUUCACUAAGUAGUCACGACUUCCGGCGGAAGGGACCUCAUGGGCGCGCCAAAGACUCUGUGAGUACAGUGUCUUACAUGGAUGACCCUAGCCAGCAUGACGAUGCCUCUCACCUUACAGUUCAGAUGGAAAACACCUAUCAAAUGGGUCCUACCAAACGUUUUCCUGUGGCCAUUGUCAAUCGUAUUCUGAAAGAUGUGUUAACUAACUACCUACAAGAAGAGCAGUAUGAAGCAGAGCUCUGUAGACAGUUGACUAAAACAAUUUCUGAGGUUAUUAAAGCCCAGGUCAAGGACUUGAUGGUUCCACGAUAUAAGCUAAUUGCAGUGGUCCACAUUGGACCACGGACUAGCCAGAGCAUACUUAUUGGAAGCAGAUGCCUCUGGGAUCCUAAAAAUGAUACCUUUUCAUCCUACAUUUUCAGAAAUUCUUCUCUCUUUGCUCUUGCAAAUGUCUAUGCAGUUUACUUUGAAUGACUGAAGACAAGAAAUCUAUUUCUUACUUUUUUAAUCAAGAACUAGGCUGUAUCUAUGUACACAAAAGUUUCACUGCCCAGACGUUUGAGGAAAAAAAACAACACACAUAUUUCAAACAACUGGAAAUUUGGGGACUCUUUCAUAUUCUCAUAAGAAGUAGGGGAAAGAGGGUGGCACGGGAAAGAAUCUUGUUUAUCCAAAGAAGGAGUUAAAUCUGAGUUCUGCCAAAUUGUUUUUCAUAAACAUAGACUCAUAUUAAACAUUUCUUUUGGUACUAAUUAUUUUAAUACCUCUUUAAUUGGAGAGUUAGAAUCCCCUGCAUUAUUUUUUAAUGAAGAGAAGUUUUUUAAAAAAAAAUCUAGCUAUGUACCCUGACCAAUAAAAGACAGUAGAAUAUUCAACCUGGUAUACACAAAUGAUCAAUGUUGCUAUGUCUCAGUGCUGCCUAUAAAAGAAAUACUGGAUUUCAUUUUGUACUUAAUAAAUUGAGCAGCAUUCAUUAACUGCAAUUAUUGUUACAUGUACCUGACAGUUGAAACUGCUGAGAUAGAAUUAAUGAUUUCAUAACAAUUAUCGUCGUCCCACAGGACUGCUGGCUAAAACUAGAAGCUCUUGUGGGUUGCCUGCACUUUACAGAAUUGUGGGAGAACCAAAUGUUAGCUCUUCAAUAAUGGAAACAAUAAAGUGGACAAAGUCUUUUAGGGCACUGAAGUAGAUGCUGUGAUAUUAAAUAUACAUGAUGCUUAAUAGUAAGUGUAUCUGUAACACAUAAAAUCAGGUAUUGGAAAGAGACACUGCUUUUAAAUAUACACCGGCUGACGCAACUUUCAAUAGCUUUUCCUCGGCUAACAGACUUUUACACAAAAUAUACAGCUGGCAGUUUAACAGAUUAAACAUGUGUAUUUACUAUUUUGUUCCUAUGAAUUUAAUACCAAAGUGACCUCGUGUGGUUUUGAAUGGAUGGCACUAAAAUUUACAGGGCUGCAGUAGCUUGUUAUUCUGUGGGUUAAUGUAGCUGGUACCAUGGAUCAUUUAUUUUUAUGGAGGUUUCAGCCCUUUGUGUGCAUGUAAAAUGGGGCUGCGGCGUUGUUCUCGGGUGGUAAGUGGGCUGCCUACAGGACAUUUGUUAAAGGUCAAAGACAAAUUAUACACAUAAGGAGAAAAUUAGCAACUCCUUAGUCCUAGGGAAAACUAAUGUGUAAUCCAUAUCAAAAAGAAUUUAACAAAUGGGAAA